CACACACUCAAAAUGGCAACUGGAAGUAACAAGAGGAAGGAGUAUCUUUCAGUAAAGGACCUGGAGAAAGUUCUAGACUCCUGCACUCUGGAUCUGCAUCAGAUAGAUGAAGUCUGGCCAAAUCUGUACAUCAGUAACGUGAGAAUCGCUCAGAACAGGACGACGCUGCAGAGUCUGGGCAUCACACACAUCCUGAACGCCGCACACUCCAAACACGGCAGCAUCGGGGACCAAAAGUUCUACGGCACAAGCUUUGUAUACUGCGGGAUCCCAGCAGACGACUCGUCUCAUUUCGACCUGGAUGUUUACUUCAGACCUGCUGCAGAAUUCAUACACAAAGGCCUGAAGACUGUAGAUGGGAAAGUGCUGGUGCAUUGCAUUAUGGGUAUGAGUCGAUCGUCCUCACUGGUGCUGGCUUACCUCAUGCUGUAUCAUCGCAUGUCUCUGUGCUCGGCCAUCCAGCGCCUCGUCCAGAAACGAGCCAUCUACCCCAACAGGAACUUCCUGGCUCUGCUGCUUGACCUCGACCUGCAGCUGAAGAAGAAACACAAAACCUGCAUCCUGCUGUAAACAAAGAAACAAACAAAUAAACAAAACAACUAGAGCUGGGUGACAUGGUAACGGGACACUAAGGAACCAGAGCAUGUGAGAUUGUGGAGCGGUCACAUGGGAAAGCUGGGCCAAUGAAAUCAGGCUGUGAUACAGGACUGUUUGUAAUACGCCUUUGUCGUGUAGUGAAGUUUGUUAAACAUCCAGCUCAGGUCAGAGGGCAUUCCUUUAAACUGCCAUGUUUUCAUGCUAGCUACUUAUCAAACAAGCUAGCAACAUGGAGAUAUUAAAGUAGACCCGUGCAUGAAGUACAGAGAAGUACAGAGUUUAAGGAAACGUAGACGAGGGCGUGUUAAAAACAUCCUGAGUUACAGUGGCCGAGAAGUGCAAAACACAUUAACAAAUCCCAAAACACAACGACAAGUCAGACAAACCGGAAGAGGUAGUGUAUCAUUUGUGAAUGGAAACUUACCGAUCAUUGGACAAGACACCUGUCACUCAAGAUAUACAGGUAUGGAAUCUUAUGUGUAAAGUUUAAAGUUUUCCGUUUAAAUAUAAGAAAAUAACAGAAUUAAUCCACAGUAAUCCAUUCCAUCCAUCCAUUACAACUUUUCCCUGCAGCAGACUGUUGAACUUCAUGUAUACCUUGAGUGACAGGUGUCUUGUGUUCCAGGUGUUCCAAUCACAAACUAUACCAACCUCUUCCGGGUUGUCUGACUUGUCGUUGUGUUUUCGCAUUUGUUAAUGUGUUUUGCACUCGGCCACCGUACUGAGUGGCUGAGAUCAGCUUCUUCACAAAUAGUAUUACAGUUACAGUGAGCUUAGACAAUACAGGGCUAUCAAGUUUCACGCAUGUCGGUCUUUUCUCACGCUCCCACCACACAUUGUAUUUCUCACGCAGAAAAACUUUUUGACUAUUUAUCAUAUAUUUAAUAAGCCGCAGCACCCAAAACGUAUCAGUCCACACCGCUGUGUCUGUGGAACCGGGCAGGAUUUCUUUUCAAUCAGAAAACAGCACUAUUGUAUCUGGGUAAGAUUUAACGCAACAAACAAUUAAAAAAAAAGCAGAUCCUGGAAUUGUUCAUCAUCAUCCUCGUUCACCCAAGGAGAAAACAUUUCGGGGGUCGGAGAUGUCACUCUUGCCUGUCUUCAAAACUUGAGAGCCCUGACAAUGGAAUUAUAAUAUAGAAUAAUUAGCAUAAAGACAUCCCAUAAUUUAUACCGUAACCAAACAAAGUGCACAAGUAGAAGAGGAAACAGCAAAUAAUUUACAAGCUGUAAAACUGGAACAGGUGUGUAAUCAUAUAGAGUGGUGCAGUGAAUGUGACGGUCAGGGAGGACCAGACUGCCUUGUGUCAUGUAUUGCUACGGUACAAUACAACACACACACCCACACACACACACACUCACACAGACACACACACACACACCCACACACACACACAUACACAUACACACACACACACACACACACACACACACACACACAUACACAUACACACACACACACACACACACACACACACACACACACCCACCCACACACAC